GUUAUGUGAAAUGCUUUCAUAUGAUUAAGUCAUACAACGAGUGAAACACACGCUAUAAGAGACGUGACAUCAGUUUGUUUGCCAACACAUCCAUACGUGUGAAGACAGUUGAAGACAUGUCACACCAGAAGAAGGCGCCCAAAGAGGAGGGCAAAUACAUAGACCUUCCCGGGGCUGUGAGGGGACAAGUGAUUGUCCGCUUCCCGCCGGAGGCCAGCGGUUACCUCCAUAUCGGUCACGCGAAGGCAGCCCUCCUUAACCAACACUACCAGAAGGCAUACGACGGACAACUGAUCCUUCGUUUCGAUGACACCAAUCCGGACAAAGAGAAGGAGGACUUCGAGAAGGUGAUCCUCGAAGACGUGAAAAUGCUUGAAAUCAAACACGACAUCUUCAGCUACACUUCGCAACACUUCCCGCGUAUUCUCGACGAGUGCGAGAAGUUGUUGUCGUCCGGACGCGCGUACGUCGACGACACGGCACCCGAUGUGAUGAAAACGGAGCGCGAGAACAGAACGGAGUCGAAGAACCGGAACAACACUCCCGAGAAGAACCUUCAGAUGUGGGAAGAGAUGAAGAGGGGAACCGAUUUCGGGCAGAAGUGUUGCGUUCGGGCGAAGAUAGACAUGGCCUCAGACAACGGGUGUCUUCGCGAUCCGGCGAUGUAUAGGUGUAAGAAUCAGCCGCACCCGCAGACCGGCACCAAAUACCGAGUGUACCCGACGUACGACUUCGCGUGUCCUAUAGUGGACAGCAUUGAAGGCGUGACCCACGCGUUGCGGACGAGUGAAUACCUGGACAGAGACGCGCAGUUCUAUUGGUUCAUCGAAGCCAUGGGUCUCCGGAAGCCAACCAUUUGGGCGUACAGUCGGCUCAAUAUGACGAAUACAGUGCUCUCCAAACGAAAGCUCACGUAUUUCGUGGACGAGGGUAUUGUCGACGGCUGGGACGACGCCCGCAUGCCUACAGUGCGCGGUGUCCUCCGUCGCGGCCUCACUGUCGAGGGACUCAAGCAAUUCAUUGUGGCUCAGGGCUCGUCCCGUUCGGUCGUAUUCAUGGAAUGGGAUAAGAUUUGGGCCUAUAAUAAGAAAGUGAUUGAUCCGAUCGCUCCGAGAUAUUCGGCCAUUGAAAAGGCCGACUCUGUUGUCGUUGAUAUAAGCGACGCGACGGACGGCAGUCUGGAAGUGGCUCUCCAUCCGAAGAACGCCGAACUCGGCAAACGU